UUGAGUAAAGAAACCUAUUUAAAAAAAAUAUGGAUAUAUACUGGGUUAUUUUGUUUAUUGUUCUGGUGUCCUUAUUCAUAGAAAGAUUAGUGAGAAAGUUAAAGAUCAGUAGCUUUGAUCAGCGCUAUGUUGUCGUUACUGGAUGCGAUACGGGGUUUGGAAACAUGCUUGCUAAAAGGCUGGACGCCAUGCAGUUCCAUGUUUUUGCUGGCUGUUUUACAAGCAAGGCAGUUACGCAGUUGACCGAAGAAUGUUCGCGGAAUAUGACAGCUAUACAAGUAGACGUUUCAAAAGAUGCAAGUAUUGAACAAAUGUUGGAAACAGUUAAAAGAAAACUACCUGAAGAUAAAGUAUUGAAAGAACAUGGUCGUAUUGUGAAUGCAUCAAGUGUGGUGGGUCGUUUUGCAGCUGGUCCGGCUACGUACGUCGUUUCAAAGCAUUGUGUGGAAGCAUUUUCUGAUGUACUCAGACGGGAACUUUACAGAACAGGGGUAAAGGUAUGCAUAGUUGAGCCUGGAGCAUUUAAGACGGGAAUUCUUGAUCCAAGUGCUCAAUUAAAAAGACUAGACAAUAAAGUUAACAGCUUGCCAAAAGAAAUAAAGGGGAAACUGCGAGAAGAUUACAUUAGCAAAAGUCUGGCAAGGUUCAUAAAGGACACUUCUCAUGCCUCCAUUAAAUUCAAUGAGGUUAUCGACGCCUACAUACAUGCCAUUAUCGCUAGGUAUCCAUUGAAAAGAUAUCUGGUUGGCAAAGACGCAAAUUAUUUUAUGCGGGCAUUGUGGCUGCUUCCUGAAUGUGCAAGUGAUUUCAUCAUUGAUAAAUUUAGUGGAGUGGAUAUAAAUAAGGAGUAG